CACGCCUUCACCUCUCCAGUCAGUCCUAGCGGAUCGCCGCACUGUGCAAGCCUCGCCUCGGAGAACAGCGAGACGAAGAGAGAGAGAGCGAGAGAGACGGAGAGAGAGAGAGAGAGAGAGGGAGGGAGGGAGCAGCGUGCCAGAGAACAGAGAGAGAGAGAGAGAGAGGACAGGAGAAUCGGAGCGAUAGGCGGCGUGAAUAACAGUUGAGCAGAAAGCCAUCGCUGCCGUCCCUCUCGGUUUCAUCAUCGACCCUUUGGUGUCUUGGAUGAAGCAUAACCUAUCGCUCUGUCCGUGUCAUACCUGGAUCCACUGGCCACUUUACAACAGGCAUGUCCCGACGAAAGCAGAGCAACCCCCGGCAAAUCAAACGUCCCCUGGACGAUGGUCUGGAGGAGGAGGAGGAGUGCAUAUCGGAGGGGAACGAGCUGGCGGCCAAGGAGGAAUUCUCCGCGGACGAGAACUUUGCGGCGGACUUCGAGGCAGAGAACCUCACCUGCGAGGACGUGGAGUACUUCUGCAAUAAAGAGAACAGCAGCAGAGAGUUGGGGAACACGGAUGUGGAUGGAGUGAACGACAAGACCAGACCCCCCACUCUGGAAGCAGAAGAGUGGGACGGCCCAAGAGAACUGGACCUGCAGACCAAGGACGGCGAGCGGCGGAUCCACAGCCGGCAGCAGCUUCCCGUCGGCACCACGUGGGGCCCGUUCGACGGCAAGAUUGAGAUGAGCACCAACGCCAGCGGCCUGAAGACCAAGGCUCCAGUGCCAGUAGUUCUGAGCUCAGGCCCCAGGUGGCUUCUGGAUGUCACUUGGCAGGGAGCAGAAGACAACAAAAACAACUGUGUGGUGUACAGCAAAGGCGGCCAGCUAUGGUGCACAACAACCAAGAACAUCAUGGAAGGAGAGGAGCUGGUGGCGUUCGUCGUGGACUUCGACUCUCGGCUGCAAGCGGUCAACCACAUGUCCCUGAGCGAGGGCAUGUACCCGGCGCGCCUGCUGGACACCAUCCAGCUCCUGCCCCAGCAAGCUGCCAUGGCCUCCAUCCUCCCCACUGCUAUAGUCAACAAGGACAUCUUCCCUUGUAAGGCGUGCGGGAUCUGGUUCAGAAGCGAGAGGAACCUGCAGGCUCAUCUGAUGUACUACUGCAGCGGGCGGCAGAGGGAGCCCGAGAGUGUGACUGAAGAGAACGAGGCAAACCCCCAGCAGACCCCCAGCAUCUGCCCUUUUCCACAGUGCAACAAGAACUUCAGUAGCCCCCGUGCCAUGGAGAUGCACCUCAGCACUCACAGCGGUGUCAAAAUGGAGGAGACUCUGCCCCCUGGCACCAGCUUGAAAUGCACAGUCUGUAACUACACAGCGGAUUCUCUCAUUACAUUCCAGCACCACAUCCUCACUCACCUUUCUCAGGCGGCCUUCAGAUGCAAUCACUGCCAUAUCAGCUUUCAGAACCACAGGGAGCUCUCACAGCACCAGGACUUGCACGGCCACUCCGGCAAGCUCCACCGGGAGAGCGACGGCGAGCACUCCCCGCGGGGCGCCGAGGAGAGCCUGCAGCAGGCCCGGGCUGAGCUGGUCGCCAGGAAGGACGUCGUCAUGCAGAGUCCCAAGGGCACGCCCCACAAGGACGGCAGCCCCGACGGAGAGCCGGACAGGACAGAGAAAAAGCUCUCGCUGGGUCUGCAGAAGGGAGAAGGCCACCCCAGUGGCAAGGCCAGCUUCUCGUACACCAGGAUCAAAUCGGAGCCUUCCAGUCCCAGACUGGCCUCUUCACCGGUUCAGCACAACAUGGGACCCACUUUUCCCAUGGGCCCCUUCCUGUCGCAGUUCGCGUUCUCCCAAGACAUUUCAGUAGUGCCGCAAGCGUCCGAAAUUUUAGCCAAAAUGUCAGAGCUCGUGCACCGAAGACUACGCCACGGUGGGAACAGUUACCCACCGGUCAUUUAUAGUCCCCUGAUGCCCAAAGGGGCAACCUGUUUUGAAUGCAACAUAACUUUCAAUAACCUGGACAACUACCUGGUCCAUAAGAAGCACUACUGCAACAGUCGUUGGCAACAUAUGGCAAAGUCUCCAGAUUUCUCCAGCGUUUCAGACAAGGUGACCGACUCUGUGAGUCCCAACAGUGGGCACAGUUCAGUCGGAAUGCUCACCGGAUGCCUCCCAUCAGACGCCGACAGUCAUCUGAUGCCUUCGGCUUGCUUGAAUUCAUCAGUUUUGGACAUUAUGAAUGCUGGUGGCAAAGUGCCUGAAAAAGACCUAACGGGACAGGUGAAGAAAGUCGUCACGCCAACGGGUGCUGAGGACAGGCUCAACGGCAAGCAGGCAGAGGUGAAAAGCCCAAACACUUCAUUGGUGGACAAUGACAUUGACCCAAACAAGACCACCUGUGAGGCCUGCAACAUCACAUUUAGUCGCCAUGAAACCUACAUGGUACACAAGCAGUAUUACUGCGCUACGCGCCAUGACCCUCCCAUGAAGCGCAUGUCUUCUAACAAGGUUCCCGCCAUGCAGAGGACCAUGAGGACACGGAAGCGUAGGAAGAUGUACGAAAUGUGCUUGCCAGACCAGGAACAGAGACAGCCCAUGGGACCACAGCCUGGAUUCCUGGGCGUUCCCACUCUGGGAAACCCUUGCACAUCCCAAGAAAGCGUGGAAAGCCUCGCUGACCGCUUCCACCCCCGCUGCGACAUCUUUCCGGGCAUGGUCCCGAAACACCUCGAGGCUUCUCUUACGGUCACGAAAUCCAUUCUUGCUCCCAAAAGCAAUGCAAUUACCGACCCACACGAGCUGGACGCGCCGAUCGAUCUCAGCAAAAAGUGCUCGCCGGUCUCUGACAAGACGUGCAACUCGCCCAAAAGACUCUUGGACUAUCACGAAUGCACCGUCUGCAAGAUAAGUUUUAACAAGGUGGAGAAUUACUUAGCCCAUAAACAGAACUUUUGCCCAGUUACAGCUGCUCAGCACAGCGAGCUCGCCAGCCUGGAUCAGCCCGUGUUUCCAGGCAUGAAGAGCGAAGGCAAUAAUCCCGAUGACGUGUUUGACAAGAGCCCUGUGAAAUGUGAGAAAAACGGCGUCACCAAGCCGAUGGGGCAGAACGGCGGUUUGUUCCCUCCACACCUCGGGACCAUGCCGGAGCUGAAGGCUUUCGGUGACCCCCAGCUCUUGCCCUCCAAAGAAGAGAACAAGAAUAUGUUUUUGCCUCACUGCCUUUAUCCUGGAGCAAUAAAAAAAGCAAAAGGCGCAGAGCCAAUAUCGCCAUAUUUCGGGAUAAAGCCGAGUGAUUACAUGGCGGGGGGCACGGUUAAGCAGGGUGAACCCAGCGAGCAAGAGCAGGGCAGCAACGGGGCAGGUGAAGAAGGCAAGGAGCAACCGGCGGCCAACGGCUGCCCACACCCUGGCAAAGAGGCCCUGCCUCUGCUCCCGAAAAGCAGGGGAAUGGUGAUCGUCAACGGCGGGCACAAAUUGGACGAGUGCCAGGCGCCGGGACCCACUCAGCAAGAGAACCAGCCCAACAGCACCUCGCCACCAGACGGGCAAGCGUCGCCCACGUGGGGCUCGGAGAACCCCCCGGACCUCAGUGACAAUGCAUCGCCCACGUCUAAAUCGCCUGCCGAGGAUACGCUGCCCACCGCAGCCAAAGGCAUGAAUGGGUCGGCCCAGCCAGCAGGGAGCGGGAAGUACUGCCGCCUCUGUGACAUCCAGUUCAAUAACUUGUCAAACUUUAUCACUCACAAGAAGUUUUACUGCUCAUCACAUGCAGCCGAGCAUGUGAAAUGAAAUCGGCCCCUCCCUCGACCCCCCCCCCAUCUUUUUGGCUACACUGUUGUGUCUGGAAUAGAGCAUCAUGCAGUUUUAUGAGCUGCUUGUGGACAAUCAAGAGAAGCUUCAUCUUUUGUCAUUUUUCAUCACGACUUAAUGCAAAAUCGACAAGGGAAGAAAAAAAAGUGUAAUAUUGGUGCCAUUUUCACAUUUAUUUAUUUUACAAUCAGUAUUAAUAGGAGUAGUGAUCUUAAUUUAAACACAAAGCAAAUUUAUAUCAGAGUUGUUUGUAAUGUUAUUGUAUAGUCAUUCUUGUGUAGCAAACAUUGUUUACACUGUAUUGUAGGUUCGAUGAGACGAUAGACACAAUACAAAACUUAAAUGCAUUUUAGACACAAAAAUAGCUACUGAAGCACUUGUGUAUUCUCAUUUGCUGUAAGGUUUUUUUUGUUGUUGUUUUGUUUGUAUAUGCCUAAAUGUCAUUUGCAGUGCGAUACUCAUGACUUCUCAGCCUUAAAACACUGUUUGGAGGGAUAACCAGGCACAACUCUGCAUCUCAUGUUUUGGCAUAUACAUAUGGCUUUGCAUUUGUAUGUAGCUGUUGGUCUCUGUCUCCUUUUCUUCAAUUCAGAAGUGGAUGUUAUAACCAGGACGGCAGCGUUCUUGUAUAGUACUCGUAUUUCAGUUGGCGAAACAUUUUGGUCUCCCUUUUUAAAAUUUGCUCUCGACGCAAUACUUUGUAAAAAAAAAAAUAAUAAAAAACAAGGGAACAUUACGGAAAGCAGUAUUACGGCAAUGGAAGUGUGGCAGAGUAUUUCUAAUCCAUGGGGAAAAACGAUUGUAUGAAAGUAAGUUUAUUGAUGUUAAUUAUUAAAUAGGGUCAAGGGGAUUUUGGGAGGGUUCCUGUAAAGAUGAUCAUUCCAAUGUCCUUAUUAUGGAAGAAAAAAAAUAUUUCUUAAAAAUGUUGUUGCUAUGCAUGUAUAUGGAUGGAAUAAAAUUCCAGAGCUGUUGGAAACUUUUAUUUUGAUGUGGUGUCAUAAUUAAACUUCAAUCCUCAGGAUAAAUCUGAUGAUGUUUUGUCUUCUU